AUGAUGAUUCAAAAUCAACAGUAUAUACAUCGCCAUAAUCCUCUUGUUCAUUCUCAUGAAUCUAUUCAACGAUUAACGAUACCAUCGAUAUCAGAAUGGAUCUAUGAACAAAAACAAUCUUAUACUUGUUGGCCAUUUCAUCAACGAGAUAUUCAUUUACCUUUUCUUUUACCAUGCACUUCACAAACAAUAUCAUCAUUAACAGCUACUGAUAAUCGAAUCUAUCCAAUAGCAAAUUCAAUUAAUACUUCAAGAAAACCAUUUCAAAUAAUUUCACAAAAACAAUCUAUUCCGACUGCAAAUAAAAAUAAAUCUCCGCCAUUGAGUUUUUCAAUUGAGAGAAUUCUAGGCGAUCAUACAUUGCCUAGGAAAAGAUCGAUAUCACCGGUAUCACCAUCAACAACAACAACAAUAACAAAAACUCCUAUUCAUAGUCGUGGUCAUAAAUCUUUACCAUAUCCAUUACGAAAAGAAAACGGAAAAAUCAUUUAUGAAUGUGCACAAUGUCAUAAAACAUUUAGUCAAUUAUCGAAUUUGAAAGUACAUUUAAGAACUCACACAAACGAGAGACCAUUUGUAUGUACACAAUGUCCAAAAUCAUUUACACAAUUCGCUCAUUUGCAAAAGCAUUCACUUGUUCAUUCAGGUGAACGACCAUAUUCAUGUGCAUAUUGCCCAAAACGAUUUUCAUCAACAUCAAAUUUAAAAACACAUCUUCGUUUACAUACAGGCGAUAAACCAUAUCUAUGCCCAAAUAGGUCAUGUUCUGCACGUUUCACUCAACUUGUACAUUUAAAAUUACAUAAAAAGAUUCAUUUAGAUGAAGAAACAAUUUCAUCAACAUCGAGUAGUAUGAAUUUCAAUUCAAUCUUAUAA